AUGGACGCCGCCACCCUUCUCGCCAACUCGCUCUCUGAGAACGCUGCCACUCGCCAGAGCGCGACUGAACAGCUCGAGGCUGCUCGCCGUGACAAUCUCGCAGGGUACCUCCACACUCUCGCACAGGAGAUUGCCAACGAGUCGGCUCCCUCCCACAUCCGCAACGCCGCCGGUAUCGCAUUCAAGAACGCCAUCUCCGCUCGUGAUGCUGUCAACCAACCAGCACUGUCCGAGGCGUGGAUGAACUUGGGUGACGACAUUCGCAAUACCCUCAAGCACUCUUUGCUCACCUCGCUGGCCUCGUCAGACAAGCGUGCGGCCGGUGUUGCCGCGCAGGCCGUCGCUGCCGUCGCAGCUGUUGAACUUCCUCGUGGGAGCUGGUCCGAGCUCAUCGGCCAGUUGCUCCAGUUUGUCCAGAACGAGGAGAACACAGGUCUCCGUGUUGCCACCCUCCAGACCAUUGGUUACAUUUGCGAGGUGGUCCACCCCGAGGUCUUGUCCGCACGCUCCAACGAGAUCCUCACUGCCGUUGUCCAGGGUGCACGCAAGGAAGAGCCUAGCACCGAUGUGCAGACCGCAGCAAUCAACGCUCUCUACAACUCACUCGAGUUCAUUCGCGACAACUUUGAGCGCGAGGGUGAGCGCAACUACAUCAUGCAGGUCGUGUGUGAGGCGACGCAGAGCUCGGCUGUCCCCGUGCAGGUCGGCGCUUUCGAGUGUCUUGUUCGCAUCAUGAGCUUGUACUACGAGUUCAUGGAGCUGUACAUGGAGCGUGCUCUUUUCGGACUCACCAUUAUGGGCAUGAAGCACCCAGAGGAGCCAGUCGCCCUUCAGGCCAUUGAGUUCUGGUCAACCGUCUGCGAGGAAGAGAUUGAGAUUGGCAUCGAGUCUCAGGAGGCAUUGGCGUACGGCGAAGAGCCCGCAAUCGUAUCCAAGCACUUUGCCAAGAUGGCCCUCAACGAGAUCCUGCCUGUUCUUCUCGAACUUCUCACACAGCAGGAGGAGGACGCCGACGAGGACGAGUGGACCAAGUCGAUGGCCGCUGCGUCCUGUCUCGAGCUCCUUGCCCGUGACGUUGGCGAUGCCAUUGUGCAGCCCGUCGUCCCCUUCGUCGAGCAGGGUAUACGCAGCACCGAGUGGCGCCACCGCGAGGCCGCCGUCAUGACCUUUGGCUGCAUUCUCGACGGACCAGAGUCGUCCACCCUUUCGACGCUUGUUGCGCAAGCCCUCGGCACGCUCAUCAACAUGCUCCAGUCCGACCCAGAUGUUCACGUGCGUGACUCGGUCGCAUGGACCCUGUCCAAGAUCACUGAGCUUAUGCUCGAUGUUGUCGACACUGGCAGUCACCUUCAGAGCUUGGUGCAGGCCCUUGUACUCGGUGUCCAGAGCGGGACGCCUCGUAUAAUCAACUCGUGCUGCUCGGCACUCAACAACCUCGUUAUUCAGCUCUUCCCCUCUGAGAUGAUGGUAGAGGACCCAGCCACUUCUCCUAUGUCGCCCUUCUUCCGGCCCAUCUUUACCGCGCUUAUGCCCGUCACGGAGAAGCCUAACAACGAUGGCAACUGCCGCACCGCCGCGUACCAGACCAUGGCCACGUUUGUCGCGAACUCGGCCCUUGACACCCUCACAUUGGCUGAGCAGGCCACAGUGGAGAUGCUCCGCCGCCAGGAGGCUCUUAUCGGUAUGCAGAACCAGCUCGUUGGCAUGGACGACCGCAACAACUGGAACGACAUGCAGAUCAACAUCUGCGUUGUCAUUCAGGCGUUCAUCCAGAAGUCUCCUGCCCUCGUCCAGCCUUAUGCGGACCAGAUCAUGACCAACCUCCUCACUAUCCUCAGCUCGUCAGCCAAGCACGGCGCUGUCCUUGAGGACCUUUUGGCCACCAUAGGCGCUCUCGCUGGUGCUCUGGAGGGCGGCUUCAUCAAGUACAUGGAGGCGUUCUCGAGCUUCCUUCUCGCCGCUCUUCAGGCCGUCGAGGACUACCAGGUCGUCCAGGCCGCCGUUUACUGUGUGUCGGACGUCUCUCGCGCCAUCCAGGAGCAGCUCGCCAACUACGCUGAGCCCAUCAUGGUCCAGCUGAUUGCUAUCCUCCGCAGCCCUGUCAUCCACAGGCAGGUCAAGCCUACCGCAAUCACUGCCAUUGGCGAGGUUGCUCUUGCCAUUGGUCCCGCGUUCACCCCGUACCUCGAGACCACUAUGGGCAUUCUCAGCCAGGCCGGCGCGACUACCGCGUCUAGCACCGACCUUGCCCUCACUGAGUUUGUCUGGACUAUGCGUGAGGCAAUCGUCGACGCCUUCAUCGGUAUCAUGAACGGUCUCAAGGCGGGUGACCCCGCACCGAUGCUCACCUACGUUCCGGGCAUCAUGGCUUUCCUUCACACCUGCAUGAAGGAGGAUGACAGAACGGAGGAGUUCAUCACGAACACGCUGGGCCUUAUUGGCGACUUUGGUGACACUUACGGUGCCACGGUCCGGGACCAGAUCUGCACCGAGUGGGUCCAGAACGCCAUCGCGAUCGGCCGCCAGCGCGGUGCAAGCAAGCAGUCGCGCACCAAUGCCGCGUACGCGCAAAAGGCGAGUUUGUAA